AUGGUACAUUGCAAAAACUUCGUUCAAGCCGGCGCUUCGAUUCACAACGCUUUUGAUAACGUCGCCCUGGUCGAUCAGGCGCUGAGAAAAGCCCAGGGUCAGGUACACGUCUGGCUGGGCGGGUAUUGGAAUGGCAGAACCGUUGAAUGGUACGACAACUCAACGGCCGUUUAUACCAAUCUUGCGGAUAAAAACAUGGACCCUGGCUACCUACUACUCCGAAAAACCGAUGAGAAAUGGGUAACGCUAGAAGGCGGUGAGCAUGCUGUUGCUUGUAUGGGUCAGGAUCAGGAUCCGCCUUGUGAUGACGAGUGGCUGUACUCGACCAAGUUGAAAAGUUGUUACAAGAGAAUCGGCAACUUUUCCGGCAUCACCUGGCAGCAAGCUCGAGCGGAAUGUCAAGCUUUCGGAGCCGAGCUCACGUCGAUCCACUCUGAUGAAGAGAAUCGCAUUGUUGUAGAGCUGGCCGACACUUACCUCGACAUCCAGCUAAACUAUGCCAAUUGGACGACGGCCGCUACGUGGAUUGGUGGAUAUCGGACAGGCCCUAAAGCAACAGAUUUCGCGUGGACUGACGGCUCCAAAUUCGACUACACCCACUGGGCCUACACGGAGCCGGACAAUAAGGAUGGACAGCAACCGCAUGUCCAUGUCAGUGAUAAUCAGAACGGACUUGGUUUGACAGAGGCGAUAAAUCAAUGCAAAAAUUUUGCCCAGCUGGGAGCUUCCGUUCAUAAUGCCUUUGAUAAUAUGGUGCUCGUGGAUCAGGCGUUGAAGAAGAUUGGGGAUCCCACAGCAACAGUAUGGCUGGGCGGGUAUUGGAACGGAACUGCAAUUCAAUGGGAUGACAAUUCGGCGCCUGAAUAUAAUAAUUUAAUCGAUAAAAAAGCAAAUUCCGGCUACCUCGUGCUCCGCCUAUCAGACGGAAAAUGGGACAUUGUGCAGACCGGAAGCUACGCGGUUUCCUGUAUUGGACAGGAUCAGGCGGCCCCUUGCGAUGACGAGUGGCUGUACUCCGCCAAGUUGAAGAGUUGCUACAAGCUUAUCGGCAACUUUUCCGGCUUCACCUGGUAUGAAGCCCAUUUGAGGUGUAUGUCACUGGGAGGGCAGUUAACGUCUAUUCAUUCUGAUGAAGAAAAUAGGAUCGUUGUAGAACUUGCUGAUACCUAUCUGGGCCUCAAUUUCGACUUGAACAAUUUGACAACGGCUUCGACUUGGGUUGGGGCAUACCGAGAUGGCCCCGGACUGUCGGAUUUUGCCUGGACGGAUGGCACAGCGUUUGACUAUGCGAAUUGGGCCGCCACGCAACCUGAUAAUAUGGAUGGGAGGCAGCCGCGGGUUCAUAUUUACACCACGCACCACAUUGAAUAUGGCCCCAAUGAUUCGAAAUACCUACACAAAUGGGACGACAUCUAUAUUGACUCACGGGGCAAUAAUGCCAUUUGCAAGAAGGCUGCGACCUUU